AUGAAGGAGCUGUUAGGGACGCAUGCUGUUGAGAUAGAUGUUUCCACCCUGUUUGGCAGGGUGCUGUCCUGUGGGAUGGAUGACACCCAGGAGCAGGACCAGUACGAGGAGCGCCUAAAAGAAGUUUUUAACAGUUUUGAUGCCAGCGGCUCUGGCUCGCUGUGUGUGGAUGAGCUGUCUGACCUCUGCCAGUCGCUGCACCUGGACGAUGCUACACCUGCUCUUCUCCACACACUGCUGCAGAGCCAGGACCGCCUCACUGCCAGGGUUGACUUCAACCAGUUCAAGAAUGCACUGAUUCUGGUGUUGUCAUCAUCUAUUGAGCCACCACCAGCAGAACAGGAGACCUUGUCGAAACCAGAAUCUCCAGAGAUCCAACCAAAGUUCGUGAAGGGCAGUAAACGUUACGGCCGCCGCUCCACACCGGAGUUCAUUGAGCCUAUUUCAGACUUCUCUGAAGUUGCAAACACAAACCCGGCGGAGGGGGAGGAGGAUCAGGAGGACAACUAUGACUCAGCUGUUCCCCGGAAGCGUGAGCGCUAUGCUCAUGAAACAAGCACAGAGGAGUACGAGGCAGAGGGUCAGAUGCAUCUCUGGAACCCCGAUGAGCCGAGUACACCUCGGGGAUCCAUCCGCCCUCUGUCCUCCUGUUUAGAGGAGAGACUGCGUGAAGCCUGUGACGAGCUGCAGAUAUCAUGGGACGGAUGUGCUGCUCACACCGAACUGCUCGCUCUUUGUGAACACCUGGGCCUGGAGAUAAAUAUGGAUGCGCUCCAGAGUCUAACUGGCGAUGGAGUGAUGAAUGUUCAGGAGUUUGUUUCCAGCGUUGUAAGCCUCAACAAACCUCCCACGCCGUCCGCCUCCACGCCGUACAGACAGCUGAAACGACACCUCUCCACUCAGCCUUUUGAUGAGGGAGGCCGCAGAAUAGCCACUCCCUCUGCCCUGACCAGCACCAUCGGCAUGCGUCUCUUCUCCACCCUCGAUGACGGAAGCGGUUUCACUCCGGUCGAAUACAUCCUGGAUGCCUGGAUAGAAGAGGGAAUAGAAAACAGCAUUGAGAUCCUGCAGGCUUUAAAUUUUGACCUAGAUGGAAAACUGAGCCUCAGUGAUCUCACUUUGGCUCUUGAGAAUGAGCUGCUCAUGACUAAGAAUGGGAUUCACCAAGCAGCGCUGGCGAGUUUCAAAGCUGAGAUCAGAUAUCUUCUGGAGCGUGUCGACAGAGAACUCAGAGAGAAAGAGAAAAUCCGAUCUGACCUGGAAAAAGCAGAGAAACUAAAAACUCAACUUGCCGCCGAAGUGGAUGAGCGUCACUCUGCCAUCGAGCACAUGAACAACCUCAAUCUCAGGAAGCUGGACCAGGAGCACAAAGAGAAGCUCACAGCAGUGCGAUCGGAGCUGAUGAAGGAGAUGGACCAGAUGCAGCAGCAGGCCGACGUGCAGCGUAAAGAACUGGAAGCAGAGGUUGAAAAGAUCAGAGAGGACGAAUCUUUUCUCAGGGACCACCUUUCCAUCUCUGUGAAGGAAAACAGACGCCUUGAAAUGGAGUUGCUGGACACCACUGAAAAACUAGUGGAGGCACAAAACCAAAAUACAAAACUCCAGACAAGUUUGGACAAUGUUAUGAAAGAAAAGUUUGGAGACCUGGAUCCCGGCAGUGCAGACUUUCUCCUUCAAGAGGAGCGCAUUAAAGAAAUACGCCGCGGCUACGAAGCUCAGUACAGGGAGCUGCAGGAUCGUAUCGAUGAGCUGCAGUCCGAGUUACAGGAGUUUCACAGUCUUGGACGAGUUCAUCAGCCGUGCCACAAACCUCUCUCUGAAGAGCUGGAGAGUAAAAGCCCCGGCAUGGAGUCUGAUCCAGGCAUCGGUUCAGAGGAGGUUCAGCCCUUCAGCAUGAGCCUGGAGGCAGAGAUGAUGCUGGAGCAGCUGAAGGAGCAACACCUUCAGGAAAUGGAGGACUUGCGAAACCAGCUGGAAAGCAAAAUCAAUGAAUUUGAUAAGAUGGUGGGAAAGCAGAGGGCAAGUCAUGAAGAACAGAAGGCUGCCUUAACCCUCCAGUACCAGCAGGAGAUCCAGGUUUUGAGGGAGGAGAUGGCCAGCAUUCGGAGCCACAGAGAGGAGCUCCAGAAGCAGCUGGAGCGGGCUGAGCUGGAGCGGACUUCUCUGGAGCAGAAGCAGGCCGAGGAGAGAGAGGAGCUCGAGAAUCUGCAAGAGGAGGAAGUGGGAACUCUCAGACAACAGCUGCUGGAGGCCCACACCUACACUGCAGACCUGGAGGAGCAGCUGAAGACCCUCGAAGCCCAGCAGGCAGAGACGGACGAAAACCUCGCCAAUGAGAUGGAGGAGCUGAGGAAACAACACACAAAUGAGAUUAAGAAGCUGGAAGAAGAGCAUGUAGAGCUCUGUGAAGCCAAACUGGAAGAGGAGGGAAAUAAACUGCAGGAAGAAAAGGCUGAGUUGGAGAGGAGAUUGUUCGGUGAUUGGGAAAGGGAGAAGGAGCUAUUGCAGCAGAGCCAUGAGGAGGAUCUGAAGGCCAGACUAGAGGAGGCAAAGGUUAGGUUUGAGGAGGAGCGUGAGGAGAUUGUGCAGAGGCUGACAGCGCAGUGGCAGAAAGAGAGGGCUCAGCUGGACGAGCAGAAUAAUGAGUCCCUGCAGGUGGUGCUGGAGGAAGAGAUGUUGAGACUUGUCCGGGAGCAAGAGGAGAAGGAGGCCAAGCUCAAGGAGCAGUGGGAGAGCGAGCGAGCCCAACUCCAGGAGCGUCAGGAGGAGGCUCUGCUCGAAAGAGGGCUUCAAGAAAGGUUGCAGGUACAGGAGAUGUUUGAGCAGAGGGAGAAGAAGAUGAAGGAGGAGUGGGAGAGGGAGAGACUGCAGCUGGAGGAGGAUUACGAAGGGAUGGUCCAGGACAGGCUGAAUGAGGAGAGGGAGAAGCUUGAGACUGAGAGAGAGGAGGAGGAGAAGAGAGUAGAGCGCUUGAUGGCAGAGGAGAGGGCUCAUCUAGAGGAGAGCCACCGGGAAGCCAUGAAGGAGCUGACUGACAGACACAAUGAAGAGAGGGACACUCUCAGCAGCAUGUUGGACAAACUACAGGAGGACAUCGCUCAGGAGAGGAGGGAAAUCGAGAUCAGCUUCACCCAGAGAAUCAAGGAAGUGGAGAGUCGUUUCUCAGGAGAUCAAGAAUCUGUUGCAGAGCGUUUUCAGGCUGAUGUUUUGAAGCUUGAGCAGCAUUACCAAAGUGAGCUGAAAGCUAUUUCUGAAAGUCAUGUCGAGCAGAAACUUUACUGGGAGGCGCAGCUACAGGAGGCCGUUGAGAACGCAGAGGGACAAAGAAGACUGAUGGAGGAGGCCAUGGAGCAAGAAAGAGAGAGUCUGAAUCAAGAGUGGACGAAAGAACGACAUGAGCUUGAGAGUCUUCAUAAAGAAGAAAUUGCAGAACUUGUGUUGAAAAACCAGCAGCUGCAAAAGGAGCUAGAUGACUGUAUCAGUGCGGCUCAGACGAAAGAGAUCGAGCUGAGUAAACAGCUGAAUGACCUCCAUAACCGCCUCCAAGGAAGCCUGGAAACCAAAGACGAGCAUCUCGCUCAGUCUGAGAAGAAAGCGCUGGAGACAGAGCUCCUGCUGAAUCAAACUGUGGACGAUUUUAAACAGGAGAGGGAAGAACUUCUGAGCAGCCAGGCAGAGCUUGAGGCAAAAUACAGCCAGAUGCUUUCCAUCUCAGAGAGGCAGAUUAACGAGAGGAUUGAACUGUUGACUGAGCGCGACGAUUUGAAGAUAAAGAUCGAGGAGCUGGAGAUGCUGCUCAACCAGGCAGCAGUGGACUUUGAGCUUGAGAGGAAGGAACUUCAAGAACAUGUAUCUGAUCUUGAGGAGAAGUUAGAAAAGAAUCCACAGAAUGAAGGAGAAGAGCUUAUAGAGGAAAUAAAUCUGCUUAAAAUCAGAAUUAAAGAGCUAGAGAUGGAGUUAAAUCAGGUUUUUUCCUGUGCAGAAAAGGCAACAGAAGAAGAAAUGGAAGAAUCGAACAAAAUAAAUACAUUAAUGGAUGAAGAACAGGAAACAGAAAAAGUAGAGAAUAAGGCACUUGAUUUAGUAGAUGGAGACCCUGAAAAUAUCAAAAAUGUUGAUAAUGAAUGCGAUGAAGGGAUCACUCCUACCGGUGAUGAUCAGGACGACAACAUGCCAGAAAUAAAUAAAGUUGUUGCUAUUCCUAAAGAUUGCCAGAACGAGGAUCCAAGCCCUGAGGACGUUGAAAUAGACCCCGAAGUAAGCUGUUGUUUUGCAGAAAUGGAACAUGAAGACCCUGAAUCUUUUGACAAUAAUUCAAAUGUUGAACCAAAAAGCGAAGCAGAUUCUCAGGAGAUGCUGCACGAUGUCUCAUCCCUCGAGGCGUUUGAAGGUGAAGAUGGUGAGACUAAAGUAGCUUUUGAAUCAUGUGAGGAGGAGAUUAAACCUCAAGAUGUACAAAUUUUGAAAAAUGAAAGCUGCUCACAUGAAGACGAACCUUGUCAUGAGAUUGCAGUUGAUCCCUCUAUGCUGGAGGAGACAGGUGACCCAGAUGAACCGUCUCUGGAGGAUGCUGAGGUUACAUGUUUACCAAAAAAGUCUCACAGUUGCGGACAGGACUCUGAACUAGACUGGGAACAUUUAACCACCAAAAUAAAGGAUAAAUGUGCACAUGAUUGUCUGGAAACUUCGAAUGAAGUUUGCGAAGACAGAGAAUGCUCUUUCCUUAAACUGCAGACUUUGCACAACACCACCACAGAGGAGAACAUCCUCCUACAUGAGAAGAUUUCUCUGCUGCAACAGAAGACAGAAAUACUGGAGAAUCUUCUGGCCCACAAUACUGAAAAAAUCAAAACUGGCCACCAGAUAUUGGAGGAAAACUACAGCCUCAAAGUUAAAGUGCUGCUCUUGAUGGAGCACGUCAAAGAGCUGGAGAUGAAGGCCUUAACGAUGACAGAUCUUCAGAUCAGAUAUGAAGAUUGCAUGUGUGAAAAUGCCAAACUGAAGGACCAGAACAGUGAACUCGAGAGGAGAGUUUGGAGCCUUGAAAGCAGGAUGAACUUUUUCCAUGAUUAUAAAGAUCAACAGGUUGCUCUGGUGGAUGAAAUCGGCAGGAUGAGAGAGGAGAACAGAAAGCUGUCGGAGUUGUUUAGUGAAUUAGAGAGGCAGAGUGAGAUUCUUUCAGCCACACACUCAGACGCUGGACCUUCGGAGAGCCCCAUGGAGGAGUCUCUCCCCGAUAAAGUUCAGGCAGAUCUGGAGGACAGCUGUGUGGAGUUUGAGAAGCAAAACACUGAACUUCGCAGAGCCAUCACAGAGCUACAGGAUGAGUCGCAGUCGUUAAAUGAGACAACACAGGCUCAUAGAUCUGAAGCGAGUCGUCUUGCUGAAGAAAACCUCGUUCUCAGACAAAAGAUUGCUGCAUUGAAGGAGGAGGACUUGAAGGAGGUUCAGGAAGAGUUGGUACAAACACUGGAGCACUUGAAGAAAGGGAAGAUUGCUGCUCAAAAGGCAGCAGAGAAUUUCAAGAAGCAGAUUUCAGAGCUGCGUUUGCAGAGCGAGCUGCUCGAGGAUGAGAACGGGCUGCUGUCAGAGAAAAAUGCCCAAAAUCUUUCUGACAUGGAGAAUCUGCGGCAGCAGCUGGCAGAGCUGAUAAAGGAGAAUGAGAGGAGGGAGGCGUUGACCGCUGAGGAGAAAAACAAGCUGGCAGCGUGUGUGUCUGCUCUGGAGGCAGAGCUGACCAAAGCUCUGGAGGACACUGCACAGCUGGAGCAGAGGAACAGCCAGCUGUCACAGCAGCUCUGUGGCCUCAGAGAGAAGGCGAUCAAAGUAGACUCAAUGGAGAGUCAACUCAGCCACCUGGUAGAGGAGCGGAGGAGCACGGAUAAGGAGACUCAGGGCCUCAGCAACCAGCUCGCCAAAGCUCAAGAAAGGGUGAAGGCAGUGGAUGAAACUCUUCAGGCUAUGAACCAUCAAAGUGCUCAUCUUAAGUCGGACCUCCGUGUUUUGCAGCAAGAGAGGGACUCCCUCAAACACGAAGUCGCAGCGCUGCACAAACAGCUGCAGAAUGUCAAUGAAAAAAACCACAUUUUGGAGAUGGCCUUUCACUCGAGUGGCGUCCAGAGUCCAAGCAAGAAGCUGUACAGAGACGAGAUGUCUCGGCUGGUGGACCAGGAGCAGCAGCUGCUGAGGCAGGAGAACGAGAGGCUUCAGGCUGAAGUUCAGAACGUCAAAGGAGACCUGGUGCAGUCCAGAGAAAAAGUCCGUCAGCUUGAUGCCACCAUCCUGUCCCUGAAGCAGCACACACAGCAGAGUCAGUCCUCGCUGGUGAAGGCCCUGGAGCAGGAGAACGCCUCCCUGAAGCAGGAGCUCGAGGCACAAAAGGAGCUCACCAAGGGCCAUGAAGCAGGACAAGGACACACGGAGCUGGACGGCCUUCAACAAGAGAAUGAGGUGCUAAAGGCCCAAAUGGCUCGACUGUCUACACAGCUGCUAGAGGCAUUUCAGGCUCAGCUGGUCGGACUUCUGCCUCCCUCACCUCACAGGAUGCCCAGAGGACAGCACCGUGGAGAAGAUCCAGAUAACAUGCAGGAUGAAAGAGAGAGGAAGAUGAAGAAUAUGGAGGAGCGAAUGAGGGAAAUUGAACUGUCGCUGCAUAACGUCAAACUGCUGCUCAGAGAGAAGGUUGCUCAGCUGAAAGACCAGCUGCACAAGAACGGCAAAGCGGACAUGUUGAUCAAAGACCUGUAUGAGGAGAACACGCAGCUGCUGAGAUCUCUGGAGAAGACGGAGCAGCGGCACAAAAUCGCAGAGAAGAAGAACUACCUGCUGGAGGAGAAAAUCUCCAGCCUGAACAAGAUAGUGCGGGACCUCAACCCCUCGCCCCUCCUGUCACUGCCCUAUCACUACAAAUGCACAUAACCUGGAGGAGGUACUCGGGACGUUAACAGCACUUGCAAAGCCUCAUGCAAGUGUCCAAAGUCAACCAUGAAGUGCACUGUUUAUUUAACAGAAAGUCUUUUAAAAUAUAAUUUUCAUAGCUUGAACUCUUGUGCAACAGAUGCAGUCAAAUGCACAAGAAAAUAAAAGAUGUUUUAUCUUGUUUAAGCCUAAAAUUUAACUGUUAAAUUUGCUGUAUUUUUAUUUUGUUCAUUUUAUUUUAAGCAAUAAUGAGCUGAUGUUUUGUUGGAACCAUGAAGAGCCAAAUGUGAGGUUUAAAGAAAACAUGGUAUUCUACAGUAAUUUAUAUUUUAAAAUAUAUUUUUUAAAGCAGUAGCUGUUACUUAUGAAUUAGUUUUUACCAUGACACUAUAAUUCUCU